AAGAUCAAAGCUUUUUCGUUGUUUCUAAAAGAAUUACAGUAAAUUUAGUUCAUUGCCCUCUGGAUGAUAAGAAGAUUGUGGCUACCACUUGGGGAUCCAGUUAAACAUAAUAUUGCAAUGCUGUUUUUAGGGGAAAAAACAAAUUGAUGCUUUCUGCGUGGAUGCCAAUCCAACGCCAAGUGGACUUGAAGCAAGUUUGACGAUCACCAGUGUUUCGGGGUGGGGUGGUGGCUGUAUUUAGAUGGAGCAUUUUGCACAGGAGGCUUGUGCGCAUGCACUCACUAGAUUUCUAGGCAAAAUGAAGCGCACUGGGUUCUCAGUGUGAUGGAGAGAAUGACCCUGCCUCCUCACAGAAUGGCCGUGUGAAGGUAGGAACAACUGGACUGCUGUAAGCAAUGGAGCCUUUGAGUCUUGUAGAAGAGCUACCUUUUACUUCAAGACUUUAUCUUCUUCUUCCUAUCUUCUGAUAUUUACUGGCUCCACGCUAUUUCUUCCAAAGAAUAGAAUGGGACUUUGAAUACUGUCCCAAUUCUUUCAAAUAAAAGUGUGUUAUAUAUGGGAGGCUGUGGACCAAGCAGCAUUUCCUUUACCCAGAAGCACCUUUAGUGGGUGCUAAACAUAACACUCAGGGAACUUGGAAAACUCUGGAGGAAACAGGCUCUAACUCUUGUUUACAAGAGGUUUUGUGUGUGUGUGUGUGUCAUGAGUUUUAUAACAGAUAUCAAGAAACUGAAUUAUAAAUGUUAAUGUGCUAUUUACAUUCAACUUUUAACCAGCGAGUCUAAUAAAAGUUAGAUAUAAUAUAUAAAUGCCAACUUAAGAAUUAAAUUUCGGUCUGAACAAUCAUUCUGUAGCUUAUAUGAAACCUUAAUGACAUAUAGGCCCAUCUAGUUUAGCAUAAUUUGUGCUUAUGAAUUAUAAAUGCUUAGCUUUUACAAUUAGACCUACCCAGCUGUAGGCAUCUUAAUGAGAAAUUACCAAAAUUGAAUUGAUUUGUAAUAUCCACUCUACCAUGUUCCAGAAUGGUGAUUACCGGAGGUAGUUUUCAGAGCCAUCUCCCGCAGUAUGCGGCAGGAAAGUUCUGUGGUAGGAUCCGUGUUUGACCGUCAGAGAGAUGCCAGAAUCGAAAGGAACAGAGGCAGUUCAUAUGGGGCCAAGAGUGUGCGCAUGUGCAUGCAUGCAGUUCUUCACAUGUGUGCUAUGUGGUUACAUGGAGGUCAGAAGACCUCCAUUUUAAGGAUGUGGUUCCCUCGUCCCUCUUAUUUUGAGGCAGAGUCUCUCCUGUUUCUGCCACUCUGUGUACUUCAAGCUAGCUGGUCCAGGGGCGUCCAGUCAAGGCUUGCCACCUCAUUUGGCUUCUUACAUAGAUAGACUCAGGGAUUAAACCCAGCUGCUCAGGCUGCACUGUACGAGCUUUUUAUUGACCAAGCCAUCUCCCUGGCCCUAGACACUCUUUUAAAGUGAUGCUCAGAGUCCAGGGACAUUUCUAUUUUAAAAAAGCAACAUUUAUAUACAAGGUGUUUCCUCUUAUAUGUGCUGAGGGGAAAUUGAACUCCUUGAAUAUGCUGAUUAAUUAAUCCUCCAGGGAUAUCGCAGAGGGUGGAGGUUUUUCUUGUCACAUUUUACUGGGCCUAGAACACAAGCCCUGUUACUAUUGCCCAACCAACAUCCGUUCCCAAGAAUAAAGAGGACAGCAGCAGCAUCGCCUUUGCUAUGAGAAAGCAGCCAGCAUCCAGUCCUUCAGCAGAUCUCACCAGCGCGCCAGGUGUGGAAGAGAAGACUUUGAAAUGUUGUGAAUAGCUUGACAUUAUCACAUUAUUAUUGAAAUGCAAAUUCUUCCCAGCAGAAAUGAAAGGGCGAAGACAAUGUACUUUCUUGCAUAUUAUCGAUCAUACCUAGCCUUAUAGCCUUGCCUGGAGGGCUUGUUCUAUGAGAAGUAUUCAUGAUGUGCAUGCCCCGUUCACCUCGUGUGUUUACUGUGCACAGCACCCCCUCCCACGUGUGGGACUACUUGUCCUUAUCCUCAAAGGGAAAGAUGAGCUGCCAGCUGAGAGCUGCUCCUAGGGGGCCCUUCUGUAAAGGAAAGGGGGUAUUGUCCCUGGAGACUCUUGGCAAGUCCUUCAUCAGAACUGGUUGGCUAUAUUGAUCACUGUCAAGAGUGUUAGUAAUAAGGAUUCAUUUAUAUACUGCUUAUACUGCGUAUUCUUUCCAUAAGCGUGUCAACAAACAUUGCCUCAUUUCAGCUCAUUACAACUCGGGUUGUAGGGCAGGUAUGGUAAUGGGUUAGGCAGGGCAGGUGUCAUUAUGCUCAAUUUUAAGAUGAGAUAACUGAAGGUUACAGAGGUCAAAUAAUUUGCCCAAGAGCAGAUCUCUGAUAAGAGAAAGACCUACAAUCUUUGAGUGCUGCCCUCCCCCACCCCCAAAAUCUAAAAUGUCACAGUGUUGUUUACUCAGGACUUUCAUAAUUUGUAAAAAGGACAGUUUUUCAUCACAGACAUUCUCACCUCUGCCUGCCUGCUCUUUGAACCCUGCUAUGGGACACAUUUAGAAACUGUCUUGAGAAUGCCCUGCCCUGCCCUCAGAGGCCACAGAGCAAUUAGGUCCUGAAUUCCUUUCUUCUUGAUGGAGAGCAUUGUUGAAGGGGGUGUUGUCAUCCCUGGAGACUCCUGAAAUAUUAAGACAAAAGUCUCUCAAGAAAGACCAGUUGACCAUGGAGAGCAUUUUUAUUCAGGACUCGGCUUUACAGCUGGAGUUGGAAACAGUACAAGGUGUCAACUUUGUGACAUGAGGGACAAAAAGUUCAAUUAGAUAUUAUGGUGGGAAUGACUCCCUAGGAUAUUUGCACCUAUGGGACAGAAAUGCACUUUUUAAAAAUGUAGGAAUGAAGUAGACCUCAUAACACAGCCGAAGUGACUCGUCCCUCUGGCACCCGUCUUGCUCUGUCUCAGCUCAACUACUGGUCUAACGAAAGGAGCAGCUGGCCUUUAACUUAGCAUUUAGACAUUUAGUGCUUUCUCUAGGCGCAGAAGCAUCCUACCUGAGGCACAGACAGUGGGGAGUGGGUUUAGAACAUACUGAUUAACUGUGAACAUGUAGAGGGCGGGACCAGGAGCCCAUGUUCUAUCUUUUCAGCAAGAAGAUGACAUCACCAAAUAGUUCUUCCUGAAGUACAUAUGCAUGAUAGGACUGUGAAUGGACAGAGGCAAGCCCUGGCUGUAUGGGCGUGGUUCAGCCAGCAGGACUUGGGAACUCACUGGCUGUGUGAUGUUAUUGGAUGUGUGGGGUACAGAGUUGAUGAGUUUCAGAUAGCUCUGAGAUGUCCCAGCUGGGUAAUAGGUAAUGAGAGCAGUGACACUGGCCAAGACAGGAGGUCAGGUUAACAAAGUAUUUAGUUAGCAGCUACUAUAUCCCGAGUUUAAGUCAUAUGCAGUAAACUGGAUAUCAAAGGCUUGCACACAGAUGUACUGCUCUCAUCCUACCUCUGUAUGAUAUUGAAGGCUUUCAGAUGAACGGCUCCCCCUGGCAGCCCUGAUGAUGCUUUGCCUAGCCUUGAGCCGGUUCUCAGUAAGUUCAAAAGUAGAUACCACAAGGAAGACUGAGCACUCACCACCCUGGGCGUAUGUGGCUCAUGUAAAGACCAGGCGUGUGUGAAUGAGCGCUUUUCUGUGGGCUGCACAGUCCUAAAAUUGAACACCGCUCACACAGUGGAAGGGAGAAUGUGCCGUUUAAUGUUUUAUUAAAAACAUCUUCACGGUAUAGGCGAUUGAGGUCGCUCAUAUUUCAUUUUGUGGCUCUAAUCUUUAGAUAAAUAUUGACAUUGUAUGGUUGCCCAGAUGAGUCUUCCAAUGUAGUAUAAAUAUUAAGAAAUAUUUAUCUUUUUGUAGAGUCUCCAGAAGGGUGAGUCUGCUCUGUUUACUUUCAUGUUGCACUUUUUCCUUAUGGGAUUUUAAAAAUAAAACUAGUAGUAUUAAAAAAAAAAAAAAAAGUCUUAUUCCUACCUAGGAGUUCCAAAACAAGGCUGAGUAUUUUGAGGAAGUAACAGAAUAUUAAAAGUGGGCAAUAAAAUGAGUAAAGAUGAGAAAGUUUAAGUGUUUUCUAGGGUUGGGGGCAUUUUAACAGACUCGGUUUUUAGACAACAGACUCAGUUUUUAGACAACAGACUCAGUUUUUAGAUGGGAAAACCUGUAUUUUUAAGAGCACAUUCAAAUUGAAAAUUAAUACUUGGAUUCUUUGAGAGAAAAAAAAAACCUGGUACCAUGUUUUAGUCGAUGUCAUAAUGCUGAGAGCUGAAUUUACAUCACUAUCGAUUCCCCUGUCAAAUUAUUGCACAGAUGUGGGACAGCUCGUCUCUAACUUCACUGGUAGGCUGCCCUCUAGUGGCAGUUGGCCUCAGCGCACCCACUUUUGUUAUGAUUCCCUGGAAGGUGAGCGCAGAGUGUUACCACUUAAUCACCAGCCACCUCCACUACACGGGGCCUCUAAAGCGACAAAACUUCCAAUGAAAGGUCUGGAUGGUUAUGAUAAAUUAAAAAUUCCCAUCACAAAUGCUCUUGAUAGCAGAGAGGAUAACAGUGUAUGUGACAAACACAUUGAUGACUAAAAAGCCAACACUAGAAAAGUUUCAGGACUAUUAGGUAGUAGUGCUUACUAUUUGUUUGUUUGUUAUUUUCUUUGUGUUCCAAAAGAUCCAUAUGUGCUAAAAAUAAGCUCUGUAAGUAACUUUAGAAGCUCUUUACAUAAGAUCAAAUCAAAGUAGCAAGUGCCAGGAGAAUUGCGGUCAUCCUUGGAGCUCUCAGGCUAGUGCAUUGCCCUGUUCCAAGCCCUCUAAAAGUAAGUUUAGCCUUUUUGCUUUCUGACAAUAUGAAGAAGCCUGGUUGCAGCCACACUGGGUGUAAGUCCUGUGCCGACAGUGGGUGCCAACUCUGCUUUGCCUUGGCUGGGGAAUGAGCAUACUCCAGGGUCUCCAAUAAGUGCAGAGAAAAUGUCAGACUCAGCAGCUAUGUCUGCACGUGCGAUGCUAGCACUCUGCCUGAGGUACAGAGGCGGCAUGUCAAUGAUCCGAGUGUAUAUCCAGAACACAGCAGCAGAAUGGCUGUCAUAUUUCAUAACAGUGGCAGUGUGCUGCUGUGGCUGCCACUGCUGCUGGUGGUACUUAUCCUGGCAUUUCAAGACAGAGAUCAGAAGGAACGAAGAAGAACCUGCUGAUGCCACACACACAGCACAGUGUAGAAAGUCCACCUUAUGUCCCUUGUACAUGAUGUUCUGAUGGAGUUCUAGAGUUUUAUACUUGGUCGACAGUGGCUUCUUUGGGAAGUUACUUUAUGUCUCUGUGCCUUGUUUUCUUCAUCUGUAAAAUGGGACUACUAAUUGUGUCCACCUUAUAGGGUAAUUGAGAUAACAUACCUGAAUGAUAACACUCAAGAAAAGUCAGCCAUUAUUAUUCACCAUCAAGCUGUCCUAAUAGAACUAGCUAACCCCUGUUUUCUGUUGCUACCUCAGUGUAGGUUGUUGGAAUGGAAGCUAAAAUGGAAAAGGCAAAACAAAUCCUGAGAGUGUGAUAGUUCCUGGUGAGACAUUUGCUUGCCCUCCGUAUGAUUCUGUGUGCUCCUCUGAGUGUUAGGGUAUGGUUUAAAAUAGCUGACUUAGUAACCGUGAGUUCAUUAAAACAUGUGAGACCUUACAUUCACAAACCUUGUGUUUUGAGACAGGGUCCCACUCUGGAAGGCAGGCCGUUGCAGGCAUCGCACCCAGGUCCAAAGUGUUGAGUAAGUCUUUAAGGGUAAGGAAGUUAAAUUCCGUGGGUCCAGGGCUCAGUCAGGAGCAGGUUUGUGAGACUCUUGGUGCCUGGGCCACAUCGCAGUGUUCUUAUACUGGGGCGUGCGAAGCUCUGCGCUUGCUUGAGACUCGCGUUGAUGAAGGGAUUCCUCGCUGAAUGAGCUUUCUGAAUGCAAUGUUUAGAUUGGAAGUGACGUCAUAAUGUUCAAGAACUGUCACUCAAAAGGCUGUAGGGAAGUCUCUUCUAAAUUAACGUUAGGCUCAAAACUGACAUAUGAGUGGGAACAACUUUAUUUUCUACAAAACACUGCAAAACACUGUUUCUUAGCCUCAUCUACUGGCACGCUGGCCUGUCAAAUUGAGGUCUUAGCUUCACACACACGUAGUCUCCAAAAGAUCUAAUUCCUGAACAGUAAAGUGGCCAAUAGGAAAACAACUCCCUAUUCUGAGCAGGACUUCACCCCCUAUUUAGGAAGGCAUCAUGAGGAUAUGGAAAAACUGGAGAUUGAAGAAGAAUCUAGAGGGAUGGCUCAGUGGUUAAGAACAUUGAUGUCUUCCAAUGGUCUUGAACUCAGUUGACAGGUCCAACUGCCUGUCAACUUUAGGUGACCCCACACCCUCUUCUGCUCCCCACCGGCACCCACACUCAAAUACACAAACCUGUACCCAGACACACACGUAUACGUAUCAUGAAAGUAAAAGCAGUAUUGUACACAUAUAUUCAAGAGUAAAAUAAACAUUUUAAGAAAAAAAUAUAUAUAAUGAAAGCAAGUGGGCAGUGGGCUGGAGAUGUAGCUCAGUCAGUGUGGUGCUUGCCCAGCAGGGUCAAAGCUCUGGUUCCUACAACCAGCAUAAACACAAGCUUGGGGGCACAAGCCUGCUAUCCUGUAAUCUCAGCAUGUAGGAGACAGAAGGGUCAGAAAUUCAAGACGCUCUUAGUCUACAGAGCAAGUCUGAAGGCAAACCAGUGUCAGAAGCAAAACAAAGGAGAAAGAUGGGGCGAAGUAAGGGGUCAAACUGAUCAGCAACCUCGGGCAAGCAAGAAUCCUGCCUUAUCGACUCCACUUGUUUACUCAAAUGGUCCGCACAGCCUAGUCUGCAAAACAUAAGGAAGUUGUUGGUCAGGGUUUGGGGAGUGUGCUAACAAGCAGGAGCUCGGAGAUGGGCUGUCUCUAGAGACAGAUGAUAGGAACCGGGGCCCUCCCCAGCGGUAGCAAACCUUGUUGCUCAUUUGGUAUUCAUCCAAAGUUGGGGACCAUCUGACAGCUGUUUGGUGUUCUUUAUGAAAUGGAUUUGGACCCCGACCAGACGUUAGUGGACAGCUGUUCACAACACAAAACACUUCCUCAGAAGAGGCACUAAUGGGCAGUGCCCUAAUGUCUUCACAAGUAAGGCAGGAGUGGGCAGGCUCAGCAAUGACCCUCCCCACCCAAGCCUGGCUGCAGGCUGAGGGUGGAGGCCUUGUUGGCCACUGAGCCUUCUCUACAGUCAGAGACUUUGGACCGCAGGGCUUCUUGGGGGGGGGGGGGGUAAGGAGCCUCCAAAAGAGUGUUUAUGCUUUAUGUAUACCUAUGCCUGUGUGUGUACGGGGCUAGCCUUUUCAAAAUGGUCAGCCAAUCAGAGGCCACUUGGUUGCCACCACACCAUAUUUACUAAGCCAAAUUCAGUAGAGAAUUUUUUCCACAGCUUUGCUUCCUGUACAGUAUUUGUUAGCAAUUUUUAUAAAAGUUACUUUGUAAAAGUUAUUUAUAAAAGUUUUAUGAAGGUUAUUAUGCAUUGCUUUCAUGUGAGUAUCUCUAAAUGAACCAGUAUAGUCCAUUCCUCCUUCUCCACCCUGCUAAUUACUGACUAGUGACCACUGCCAUGGAGUUUUGAAUAUACAGUCCGGUUACAAUGGACUUUAAAAACCACUGACCACGUUAAAGCAGGUGCUUGAGGGGCCAAUUGGUUUGACAACUGUUCAUCAAUAAUUACAUGGGCUUGCACCUACCUGUGUACCUGCCUGUGCAGCCUUCAAUGGGCUGUUUUUUAAUUCAGCAGUCACUGGAGUGUCUGAGGCACUUUUUUGAGUUAGAAUUCUCUCAUCUUUUCCUUUCAACUUUGCAAGUUAGGAACAAGCUCGAAGUCACUCUUGCCGUUUACUGAUGGAAUCUCAGCCUUCCACGGAUUGGCGGGUGACUCUUUGUCAGAGUGCAGUGAUGGGGAAACAGCUUGCUCCCCAUUAACUGUUCGUCGCUUCUCUUUACAGAGUCAGGCCAUGUGCAGACACAGAAAGGGACACUCUGUGCUCUGUUCCCGUCACCCCAUUCACCCCCUCUUUCCAGAGGUAAAAGUCUGUCCUAUUCUCUACUUCCUUCUAAAAUACGAUCUAUGUAAGCCAGUCCUGAUGCUGGAUACACUUUACUAAUCAUAGCAGUUUAUUUAGAAGAGAUUAUAGUCUUUGUUGAAGCUGCGUCCAGUUGGGUGGGGAAAGUGGUAUGUCCUGACCCUGGUAUGCAAGUAUGUUGGGGUUUUCCUGCCGUCCUGCGCUCAGCAUUUCCACAGCAGUAAGACACCCUCCUCCCCUUCAUUUUAUAGUGUGGCUCCUGCUCCCAUGAAUGAAAGGCCCCGACUAAAGGAGCUAGAAUACACCCAGCAGCCAGUGCUGGGUACUAUUGAGCCCAUUGUUUUCUCCCAGCUCCGUGGAGCCAAAUCUCAUUUUAUAGCACAGUGUAUUCUAGGAAUUCCACUCCAUCACAACAGACUUUCUCUAAUGCCUUCCUAUUUUCCCCAUUUGCCGCUGUCACAGGCAGCGCCACAUAGUCCUGCAGCAGGCAAUUAGAAUUCACUCCUCCCCAAGGCUCUGCUCUGCCCCAUUUGCAAAGGGACCACAAGGCAUCAGCUGCCAUAUUAAAGAGACACUAAUGACAGCAGGGGCCAAGAUCAGCCAAAGCAGUGAUGGAGAGGAGGUGUUUAAGAUUCAAUUCCUAUGAGGGACUAAACCUGGAGUUCAGACACGCUCCCACUCCCGUGCUAACAUCGAGGUUUAGGAGACAUAGGGCUAAGACUGUACUUGAUGGGUUUUUCAUAUACUUAAGGGUAAGUGAGGUGGGUGUGUUUAAAGUAAAUGCACGAAUGAAAGUUCCCCAAUAGGGUCGCACAAAAUUACGUAGUGCUGGGUGUAUUUGAGCUGUGUGUGUGGUUUUUUUUUUUUUUUUCCUUUAUAGUUUUCAAAGAAGAAUGCAAACUAGUAAUACUGUCCUUUGGAGGUGCCAUUUGAAGAUUUCCAAAGUAUCUUGGAGUCUGUUUUCUUCCUGCUGGGGCCCCUGGUGUUUUGAUCUGAGAUGUGGAGUCUACAUUGUGACUAAUUGGACCCUGAACAUAAUCCAGAAACUUUUCAAAGACUUUCUGGUGCACUUUGACAAUGGCUGAAUGACACAUUAUUCAUUUUUGUCACAUCUGGCACCACAGGACCACUCGUGGAAUAAUUUCCUAUUGGGCUUAUGAAGCUGCCCCAUUAGUAAUAUUCCCUGGGAGAUGGAGUGUGAGGAAUUAUGGUGUGCCUGGGCCUUCCCAUGAUAGAAGUCGUCCCGCCACGUUAAAUUGAUCGAGGUCUUCCCUGUAGAGAGCAGACAGCCCAGCGCCACAUUUAGAGUGGGUUGUCUCACUUUCUUACUCUUCAGGCCUUUGUGACUGGAGAUUCUGCCGUGGCCCGUGCACUGGGCUUCGGAUGGAGCAGCAGCGCCAUCCUCUACUGACGUGGACCCUGGAGGAAUUUCAUUGAGUCCCAAAUCAUUAAUUGACCCAGGCGGUGGCCAAGUAAUCAGUGUAGUUUUCAAAGGUCUUCUGCAUUCACCAUCUCAUUUCCGUUUCACAGAACCGUCCACGCCUGCCUUUGCCUCAUUUGAGAAAUAGAUGGAACAUUCUUCUCUCAACACAAAGAGAGUCUGUAUAAAGUUAUGAGGUUUUUUUAAAAUAUUUUCCCCCAGAUAUUACACCGUGUGCUCCCCAGCUUGACAAACUAAAGCUUGGUGGAUGUAUGGCUGCCUGCAAAAUCUUCCUUUUCCAAGCAGUAUGAACAUCGGAGGAUGCCCUAGGCCAUAGACUCGUCUUUUCACAUGUGAAAGACCAAGUCCUAGCCAGUGGCUCUUCUUAUAGUGAGUGCUCUUGGUUAGACUAUGGUUCUUUGAUGGGUGUCAGUGACAUUCCAGGGUGGAGUGACCGUCAGGUUUUUCUCUUGUGGUUUCCUCAGGUGAGUCUAGAAAACUACACAGAAGCUCUAUACCCUGGGCACCAUGUCUUGCAAGAAAAUGCUUCCGGUAAAUAACAGGCAGGUGCUCCAAAGCCCAGGCUUGGCUGUCAGAGAGUUGAUGGCGCCUGAUGCUUAAAGUUGUCCCCAGACACUCACGUAUCCUGAGGUUAUUGUUGUUGCCUUUGUAGUAUGUCUGCAUUUAAUUGCGAACACAGAGCUGAUACAGGAAGUUUUGAUUACAACUUAUGUAACAUCUAGUGUGUCCAAGUCCACUAAUCAGAACAAGACUUAGGUGGCUGGAGGGAAGUGAACAGAAGUCUGUGUGUGUGGAGCAGACAGUAGAGCCAGUGCCUAAGGUCAGAUCCAUGUGGCAUCACUCUGACUGUGUGGCCUCAGGCAAACAGUAACCUCGUUAUGUCUUUAUUUGCUGUCUUGUACAGUGGAGUAGUAGUUGGGGCUGCCUCACAGGUAGCCAUAAGGAUUCAAUGAGUCAAUAUGUGUGGCUUGCUUUAAGUACUUGUUACACUGUUAAUACUAGGUAAGAACUCACCACCCCCAUCCUCUGUGAAUUUAUAUAAGCAUGCUGGGGAGAUGAGCCGAUGAGCCCAGAGAAUUUUCACGUGUGUGUGUGUGUGUGUGUGUGUGUGUGCGUGCGCGCGCGCAUGUAUAUGCUAGAAAUUAGCACACAGUGAUGAUUGAACACCUGGAUUUGGCUUUUGUAGCCCUUCUUCGCCCAUUUUGAUACCUUCUCUGAUAUCAAAGCUACUAUGUCUCGCCCUCUUCCUCCACACCCCUUCUUCCACUCUGCCACCCAUAUUUCUUUUAGUAGUGAUGAGUAUCUCAUCCAGGUGACACUCCAUGAAGGCCAUAAAGCCACUCAUCUUCGAAGUCACCAGUCAUUUAUGUUCCACGUUGCUUGUUGAAUGUGCUCAUGGGUGACGUAAGGCUGAAAGGGGAGCUAAUUUCUUCUGUCAGGGUUGGAAUCCUGUUUUGUUGUUUGCUGUUGAGACAGGAUCUCAUGUAUCCCAAGUUGGCCAUAUAUUCUCAGCAGAUUUGGUUAGUUUAGGAUGACCUUGACUUUCUACUCCUCCUGCCUCUACCUCCCUUGUGAUAAGAUUACAGGUGUGAGCCACCAUACCUGAUUUCAUGUCAUGCUGAAGUGAUCAAACCCAGAGGUUUAUACAUGCUAGGCAAGCACUCUAUAAACAGAACUACACCCCCAGCCCAGUGACCUGCUAGAUCCAGUUUGGGAUUCAGAAAAUCCAUGGGAAUAAAUACCCUCCUUUUGCUGGCAGUGGUAAUUCUUUCUAGAGGCUUCUGACUAGGGAACCACUCCGAGGAUAGCAUUUCUUGUUUUGUGAGAUGAUUCUGGUGCUGACCGCAUGAUGUCCUGUCUGUUUGAACACAGCACGAAGCUCCAGUCAAACCUAAGGGGUCUCUAUCAUUACUAGCCAAAGAACACCAGGGCGCUUGUCCCAGGCCCUCAGACUACAGAGCACAGAGAUGUCCACUGGGCACACGCUGACAAGUCCUUCCAGAGCUGGUCACUGGGGAAGAUUACGUCAACCUGUCUGGGAAAAACAUCUCUCCCUGUUUUCAUCGAGGUUCAGGAAGGCCAGUCAGAGGCAAAGUGUCAAGUUCAGGAGACUCACGGGGCUCUUCAUAUCCCAUGGUCUUGUUGGCAGUGGCACUUUAGCAGUAUUACUUCACAGACCUUAUUUCAAGUUUAAGACUAAAAGGCAGAAUAGUGGUGUCAGAUAACCCUACUCUUGAUAAUCCCCCUCUCUUAAAAUAAUCCAGACGUUGCUGAUGCUGUGAAAUUUGUGCUGAUCCUUCAGUACAUGUGUACAUUUUUUUUCUCUCUUAAAAUAAAGACCUAGUAGGCUUAGAAGGAGAUGUUAGGGAAAAUAACUACUGACAAUGAGCAGGACUGUGUAAAAUUUACGUUUUGAAAUGACAGUGAUCACUUUAAGUUUGGUCAGCACCAAAAUAAAUGAAUGAAUAAAAACAAACCAACAACUCUUUAAACUGUCAACCCCUUUCCAACGAGACUAUAAAGGGGGCCAUGGGGCUUCUUAUUUUCUAGGUUAGGUUCUAUCAGCAACUUAGGUGUGACAUCAAGAUGACCCCUCAGUGGGAGCUUGGAGGUUGUAACUGGUAUUUGGGGUCACAGCUAGUUGAGUUUGAGGUGUGUCAUGAGGGGCUAUAUAUAGGUAGUAUAUGCCAUUGUCAGAGAGACGGCUGUGAUGUUGUAAAACCAUUGAUCAUUCUGAUUAUCGUCUAUAUGCUAGUAUUUGUUCUGUAAAAGUAUUAUAAUUUGCAUGUGGCAUAAAGGACAGGGGAAGCCUCGUGAACUUCUAAGUGAAGAAUGCUAUGCUUCACUUCUGUGGUGGCCAGGAAGGCACUCAUGUGCUACCUUCUGGUAACAGUAAUUGGAUAUUUAUGCCUCAUUAGAAGAGUGUAACUUCCUAGAUAUUAUAAAUCAGCUCAUUUUUGUUUUGUGUCUCCAGUUUCCACCUCCACUUAUAUGUCUAGUCAUUGUUGACAAAGUUAAGGUAAAAAGUGUCCUUUAUAGCCCCUAUUAGAGGAGAGGCAACUAGGGGGCCACUGGGUCUCCCCACUGGAGAUGUCUCCACUGGAGCACCCAUUCCUCUUCCUGACGCCACAAGGCUAUUUCUUCUGUCAGACAAUAACAUAAUCAACCAAGAAUCUGUUUCCAGUCUCUCCAAGCCAUAGUGUUCCCUUCUUAAUGUCUGGACUUUCCCUAUUCCAGGGGGGAUAGAUUCAGGUUUUAAAGGGACCUCCUAAACUCCCAAGAGAAAGUUUUAUCUCUUGACUCAGUUCUCAUAUACUAGAAAUACAUGAGACUUAUCAAAUAAUCUCUUAGAUCCUUGAUACCCAAGGAUUCAAUACGUGAUUUUCUUUUCUCCCUGGUUUUUGGGUAUCAAGGAGAAAAUACAUCAGGCUUACUUUAUUGUACGUUAUUGUGUGUACAUUUAUUUGAUCUUUCCAUUAGCUAAAAACCAAAGCUCCCUUUAAAGCUAGUUGCUAGUACUGCAUAAGACCAUGCUUUGCUUCUUGUGUGGUUCUUUCCAGAAGUGGGAAGUGCAGGGAGAAAAGGCUGCUCAUUUCUAUGACGCCUUUAUUUUCUAGGGCUGCAUUCUUCAAAGCAUAGAGUUUAAAGUACUCUGGUGCCCAUUGUGGUUUACGCAAGGAGACUGUGCGGCUGUUUGGAGAUGAAUUGAAGACAUCCAGACAGUGAGAAUAGACCAUCUUCUUAUCUCUUCUCCUGGCUCCGUAUAAUCUGCAGGCAACUGUUCCCUGGCCUCAGUGAUCAUCUCACUGACAAGCACAUUUGGUGGCUAGGGGUAUAUCUCAAACUCCUCAGCUGAGGAUGCUUAACGAGCCUACUGUGUGAGUGGACUAACUUUCCCAUGACGGGCAACAUUAUCUUUACAUACUACACAAUGCUAAGAGAUCUAUCUGCCCAAGCAGGAGUUUCAAACUUGUCUCCAUUCACCAUCCCAAAGCCCAUUCUUUUCUCCAGUGUCGCAAGGAGUGUGAUGUUCACCAAGGUACAACAUGAGCUUUGAGAACCCAUUGUUCAACUCCCUUUACGUGAGAGUACCCUGUAUCAGGAAUCUGUACGUCCUCCUGGGAAACAAGGAUUAAGAUUCCUAAAGUACCUUAAGUACCACAUUGAGAAAAGAAAGCUGUCAGGAAGGGUAGAGGCACUGUAAAGUGGCCCUAGCUCCAUAGUGCGACGCUAUGCUACUUACUGGAGCUUUGGAGUCAGUUUAAGAUUGAUCAGCCCAACAUCUCUAUUGGCAGGUGUAAAUGAAGAGAUAGGGUAGACGGUCUUACACAGAAACCAGAACAACUAUGAGGCUAGAAGCCCUAGCAUCAAAGAUGCACCUGGAGAGGGAUGCUUUGCUUCAUGGUUGGAAAUGGUAUUAGUUUGCAACACCUAAGGACACCAUAGCUCUUAGAAAGAGGAGUUUAUAGAUUGCAAGAUGCAAAGUAUAAUGUAUCUAAUUAAUCAUGCUGGUCAUGUCCCUCCUUAUUUGCAGACUGCUUUACAUUCAUUGGUGUUGACUGGAGGUCACUCGGUAUCUUAAUAAAAGUAUCAGAUGUACAGCCAUUUACAUCAUUGCAUUCCCUCCUCUGAUUUAGAUCCAAAGAUAUCAUUCGCCAGCCCUAAUGCUUGCUUGUUAAUAACAUUGGUAAGAAAUAAAGCUUCAGUUAGUGGCUUCCUUAAUAGAAUCAGUGUUUUACUAAGGAGAAUCAAAUAGUGAAGCGAUAAAGGAAAAAUGAUAAAAAAAAAAAAAGGCUUCUAAAAUAGCCUCUUUAGGAAUAUAGAGAACUGACUCACUUUUGAUAACAACCCCUUCCUAUGUCUGAAUACUGGAACAUAAACAUAAAUUGCAGUUGGACACCCUCAGAGGGCUUAGUGUAUGCCCUGGUAGGCUCCACUUCAGAUGACCUGUAUGAAAAGGAUCAAAGUACAUAUUUUCUAUAACACUGAAUAUGAAAUUUUUUUCAGCCACGUCAAUGCCCACCUUUUCAGGACACUUAGUGCUGAUGGUAUUACCUACCAUUUUUCUUUAAUGCCACAAGAUAAAAAGGACAGCUUUUUUUUUUCUUUUUUUAAAAUUCUAAUAGAUUUUUAGAAAUCCCUUUAAAACCUCUUUUAGAACAGCAGGAAAAACUGAUUCAAAGGCAGAGCACAAACAGAAUGACUUAAUGGACAUAAGGCAACAAACACAAGGGAAAAAACUAGGCUGGGAACCUAAAAUAAAUUGAAUAUAUAACACCUUUCCAUUUCCCUCGUUUUGUGUGUGUGUGUGUGUGAGAAUGUGUUAUUUAUGGAAAAGCCAGUUGAUUACUUAUCAGGCCAAAGCUUGUGUUUGCUCAGACUAGUGAUAAUAAACAAUAAAAAGAGAUAGAAAUGGCUAAGCCAUGCAGAGAUGGGACAGGGAAAAUAGGUGUGUUCAGUAUAGGCUGUGAGCCCAGUACCGAGAGCUCUGGAAUUCCCUGCAGUGCUCUUACGUUAAUUGGAGGGGGGUUACUAUAAGGAACUAUAAUGAGUAUGGGGGCUUCCCAGGCAAUCUCCUGGCCCCAGGGAAGAGCUCUCAGUAAUUACUUAGUUCUAUCCCACAGUUGGGUGGAGAGGCAUCUGAAACCUUGUUCUGAGCCAGCUGCAGCACGGUGACCCUAGAGCUGAUUAGAAAUGCAAAUAGUCAGACCCAUGCCAGCCCACCCAGAGAGGACUCCUCACCCUGUCUGCAGGUGAUUGGCUGCAGGUUGAACUGUGGGAGGCCCUGGUUGAAAUGACACCUGGACUUGAGGUAGAGGGUGCAGAUAUGGGGGGUUAUCUUAGGAAAAGGAGGGGCAGGUUAUUUUUAACCAGUGAGUUAAGUACAUUGUAGACGCACGAGGGUGUUUGUUAGUAGGUUUAUCUUUCAAGUUGGAAAGGAAUCACAGUGUCUCUGGGAAUGAAUUACCUGGACCUUGAUUUGCUUGUGACUCCACGUAGUGCAGUGCACAGACUACUAUUUACCUAACAGCCCUGGGGCCACGCGGACAAAUGCAGCCGAGGUAAGAGAAAACACUGGCUGAUAAGGAAGAUGGGCAUUUCAGUGGCCCGCCGGAUUAUAAUUACCACCAUGUUCUAGCUCCUUGCAUCAGUAAAACUUUGACGCCGCCUGGGUCUCCAGCACAUACUUAUUAUUGAAAUGAUUUAUCAUUUUAUUAAAGCUUCUUGCUUCCAAAAUGGUUUAUAGCCCUUAAAAAAAAAAAUCUCAACUGUCCUAACAGCCUCGUGAACAACUAACAGCUCAGAGCUGUGUGUUCCCUUAAUUUUAAAAGCUAAAUGAUUUCUGCCACUGUGCCUGCAGAGUUAUGAUGGAUGACAGAACGCAUGGUCACCGUGAGGAUGGUGGGAUGAAAAGAUCCCUCCUUGGAACAGGUUAUCACCGAAUCUGAAUGAUACCUCUGAACCUACAUCACACACUGCAUGUGCUCCUUGUCCUCAUCCGGUGCUGCCAUUUACCAGAACAAACAAGCCCAUUAGGUGGUACUUGAGCCAGCUCUUUUUACACGGUUGCCUGUAUCAGUGGAAGGCGAGGCUGAUAAAUCAUCGUCCAAUUCAUCUUUUAAGUCAAAGUUUAAAAGCAAUAAAUACCAAGCUAGAGAAACAUUGACCAGAAACGAUGACAUCACAGGAAUCACAAGUCUCUCUUUGUCCCUGGAAAUUUCUUUGUAUAAUGGCCUCAGUCUUUUUGACAGAUACACUCCAUUCUCAGGGUCAUGGGAGAACUCUCCACAGAAGCAUAAAAGGAAGCUGUAAAACGGGUAGAUAUCAUAGACCCCGUGUCCAUGUUACCGCACAUCCACGUCCCAGGGUCAUCCUCCAGAAAAACUGGGAAGGAAAUUCUUCAGUGACCCUAGAAACUCACUUUGACAAGGAAGGGCCACUCACAGUUGACAUGGUUGGAAGGGUUACCUUCAGACUUCUUACAAACAAGCAAGGAAACACAACUGUAAAUAUAUUACUAGGAAAAAAAAAACAAACCAGAAGCUAGCCCCAUCUUUCCCAAUACCUAAGUUAUUAGCAACCUAAGUUAUUAAUAGAAACAUUGAGGGGCAAAAGAAAAUUCUUUGUCUCAUCUUUACCAAGGUGAAGAUCAUCCUGAGAUGAGGGGUAAAAGCCUUCUGCUCCGGGUUCAGGCUUGUGAAUCUAUCAACAAGCCCACCUAAUCAAAGGACCUCCACGAGUACAUUUAAGAGCUGCCUCCAAAGAUCGUAGACCUCACCAGAGAAGCAAAGGAAACAGAUCCAAAGACAAAAGCAGUGGAGGCAAAAGUGAUAAGGGAUGGGCUGGUCCUGAAUUUAACCACACUGGGGCGUUGACCAGGAACACUGAGGCUCACCACGGUAUCGCCCCGCAUCUGCCAGCUUUAUCACCUCAUCCCUCUUUUCCUUUUGCCAGCAAACACUCAGGUCAGCACGUGGGAGUCUUCUUUCACCCACCUAAUCGGUGUUAAACAGUCCUGGAGGCUCAGGAAUCCAGUUAGAUUAUAAACCUUUGGAGAAGAUUAAAUAGUCAUCAUGUGUUAAUCGCUCUUGACGCGCUUUGGGCUUGAAAGUGGAGUUCUUGGCCUUGUUCUGAAAAGUCACACGUUUAGGUGUUAACGUUAAGCAGCGUUAGUUGAGAUGUAUGGGGAUUACUCGGGAGCCCGGGUAUGUUUCAGGUGUAAUGCAAAUAAUCUGGGGGAGAAAAUGGUGUUCUCAGUAGAACCCACUGAAGGAGAAAAACAGAAGAUUAAGGAAGAUUCAGCAGCAGUCUUGAAGAACACUUGAAGAAAGAUGAGAGCCAAGGGCUCUUGAGUGAGAGAGAACCACUUCUCAACUGGGUCAUUUAGUCACAUAUUAUAUGGGACAGCGUGGAGAAGGGCACUUUACUGGACCAAGGGGUGUGGCAAGAGUCUUCUAGAAACAUUAAGUACAGUUUAGUUAGUCACAAAGUGCUAGGUGCCCACGACUUAAAGAUUCCAGUUAUUGUCAUAACAGUAAAAGCUAUCACCUCUCCAUCGUACUUGGAAAUGACUGUGACAUCAUCUUGAAAGAGAAAAAACUACUAUUUCCUGAGACUGGAGGUGGGGGUGGGGCUUUCAAUACCGUGUUUAGGUUUUUGAGUUUGUCUAGAGUCUCGAGUACUCCACAUAGGACUGAAUCUCAGCAUUAUCAUCUGAAAAUAAAAUGUCUCCAAAAUGCCACAAACAAACAAGCAAACAAACAAAUAAACCAAAACAGGGAAGGUUCAAGGGUUUUGAGAACAUGCAGAUGCAAUGGCCUCUGAUCGUCAAGAAAGUGGUGACAGUCUAGGGGUAAGUAGAGAGAGGCACUGUCACGGUGCCUGCACACAAGAGGGAUAGAUUUGCCCUUCCUUUCUCACCAACAAGCCCACAGACACCACAGAUACUUCCUUCCUUCACCACAGACACUUCCUGCUUCUCAAGCAUGAUGGAAGGACAUCUGUAUUGGGCGUCUCAAGUGAUGACGGGGCACCACACUUUCGGCGCCAAUUGAGGACUUUCCAGAAACUUCAUCUUCAAAGAAAUCCAGACUCUAGGAGUCCCAGUAGAACACAGUGUUCAACUUUUAUCCUGUUAGUUUAUUUGAUGCAACAGAUGUAUGCACUCAUGGUGCUUUUAAGUUCUGUGUAGUAGAAAGUUUUGGGGGAGGAGGCAAAUGUUUUCUGGAUGCUUUUAAUGAAAGAUAAAAGGACAGGAAGGGUUGCUGUGAAUGGGGCUAUUAAAAUUACAUGCCUAUACAUAUAUGUAGCGAGCUUGGAGAUGGUUCUCGUGGGAAGAAGCACAGUAGAGGAGUAAAGAGGAGAAUGGCCUUGAGGCCCUUCAGAAGGGAAUUUACUCCUCGAAGUGAAGAGAUAUUUUGUUUUCAAGAACACCCAAACAGCGAUCCGCUUUGGCAGCAGACUUGAGCGGAUGAGCCCGCACAAUCCGAUUAGUAGAGAGCAUCCGAAGAUGAUGCACUAAUUAUCUCCCGGCUCUCUAUCCAGGCUCUUAGGGGCUGGAGAAGCUCAGUGGUUAAAAGCACUGGUUGUCCUUCUGGAGGACCAGGGUUCCAUUUCCAGCAUCCACAUGGUGAUUCAGAGCCAUCUGUGAUUCAUAACUAGCUGGAGUUCCAGUUCCAGAGGAUCCCGUGGCCACGAGGCAUACGUGUGGUUCAAAGACAUACGUGCAAGCAGAAAAAAGUUCAUAUAUAUGAAAUAAGAACUAAUUUAAAAAUUUCUCCAUUGCUUCCUGGAUGUCCAUGGAAGAGAAAGUAGAGAGAGACUUCAUCAAUGGUUCCCCAAGAAAACAGAGCGCCUUGCCCUAAUGGUUCCCCAAGAAAACAGAGCGACUUGCCCUAAUGGUUGCCUAAGAGUCAGGUACUGAAUCCUCAGCAAACAAAGAAGAAAAUGAACAGGGAGUUUCCAGCACCUUUGCCAAAACCCAGAUUUGCGGUUCUGCUAAGAUCUAACUGAAUUUUGAAAAUAAAAAUAAAAUAAAAGGCAUCUUCAAGAACUUGAGGGGUUUUUGUUGUUCUGGUAUCCAUUCAUAUGUAAAGUGUUUCUAAGUUACCCCUAAUUGUUAAUUAGUGUUUGAACUGGUAAUGAUAGGCAAGCUUAGCACUGACAGAAUGAACCUGUAUGGGUGGCCUCUGAGCACUGAAACAUGCGCAAUAAUUAACCCUUUACUAUGUCCCAUUUGUGUAGCAUGGCUCCCUUUGAGAACAUUGGUUUCACAUGUUACUGGAUAUUAGCAACCAUCAUCGUCAUCAUCACCACCACCACCAUCAUCAUCAUCAUAGAUUUCAUGAUUCCAUCCCAUUCUAUAGUACAGGACUUUUGAACACUAACACAUCAAGUUUAGGCAAAGACCAUAACCUUUCCAUAUUAACAUGAAGUGACCAGAGUUUUGGUAUUUACUGCACUCAGGCACAUUGAUUGUCACCAGCUUGUAGUCUAGGUAGCAAGAACAGCAUGUGGUUCUUGGUGGCCUGUCCCCCUCCGUAUCCACCCAUUUCACUGCUGAGCCUCAUGAAUACUAUCAAGCGUUUGCAGCCUGAGAAAGACUCGAUCCAGGUCUGACUCCUGAAUUUUGCCCCAAAUAAUAUCAAACAAGACAGAGCAACCUGCCCUGUAAAUAGUUUAUGUUGUCAUCUUAAUACCAUUGAGAACUUUAUUGUCUUGAGAUGCGUUGAGAGUUUUGACGUGAGUUCAGUGCCAGUGACGGGAAAUGUUAUUUACACAAGACUCUUUCCUGACCGCUUUCAACCAUGUGUAGAAAUUCGCUAUCAUCUAAGUGCCCAACGAUGCUGAUCUGAAGUAGAAAUCGUUGGCAGGUAAUGGUGCCAGUAAGAUGAGAAUGAACAGUCAAGAAAUACACAAGUGAAAAUGUUAACAUAGGCCAUUCAUUUUCAUAUUCUCUCUCCUCUCCAUCUCUUUCCCUGCCUGCUCACCCACCUCUUUCCUACAUGGUGCAUCUAUACAGUGCCAAUCCACUGGAGUAACAAAGCCUGGCUGAUUUAGAGACAGACACAGAGCCUUGGGGGUGGAAAAGCUCUAUAACCCACCCCUGAUGUUGCCAAUUUACACACAGCCUAAAUCUUUCCAUAGCAGGGUUCAUGUCAAGUGUCAUAAGAAGGAGCUGAUUUCUUUGCUAUUUCAGACUGUGACAAGGGCUGGGCCCUCCAGGAACAGUGAUGCAGCGAGAAGCAUGGCUUUUCUGCGAACACCCAAAGCAGGAGGGCAUCCAGGGGGAAAGCCUUACAAUGAGGUGGAUAGAAAUGCCACGCAGGCCUGGGCAGAAAUCAGCCUCCAGCCACCUGCUUCAGGGCAUGUUUGUAACAAUGGCAGAGUUAACUGUGACUGGAAGGCACCAUAGUAAUUCACUCAUUAUAUUAAAGGAAGUAUUUAAAAUUAUUUUCAAUCAAGAGUGUGGUGACGCAAUUUUUCCAAUGAAAACAUGGCUGUUUCAGGCUUACAGUAACUACAGGCUUUGAACACAGUAUUUGGAUCCUGUGUCGUUAUAUGUAAAGAAAAUAGACUAACCAUAUACAGAACCCUUUAACUUAGCCAAGAUGCUGAAGUGCGGAAAAGAAAUUUUACAGAAGUUAUACAGUGAAUGGGACAAAGUGAACUUGUAAUGGAAAGAAUAAAAAAAUAACAUUAAGAAAAGAACAGCAGAAAAGAACAGGGCCAGUAGGUUCUCACGCUUUCAUCCACAAACUAAAACUGAGCCAGACAAAGGCAUGUGUUGCUUCCUGUUGCUUUAAGAUAUAUUAAGAAUGACAGCAACAUCUGAAAACCUAAAUGACUACAAUUGUAUGUAACAAUCAAAAGGUUCGUGUUCAGACCAGAAGUAAGAUAAUAACUGAGUAUAAAGUAUCUGCAUUUCAAGAAUUCUGGGAAAUAAUUUAUCUGAGCAUCUACCACUGGUGUUAACCUUUCCAGGGGGGGUGAAUACUAAGGAGGAAAUCUAUCUAUCUUUUGACACUGUGUGUGUGUGUGUGUGUGUGUGUGUGUUUUGAGGGGACUUAAUUGGGCACAAAUGAAGGGAAGUGCACACGCCAGAGUGAGAGCAGUUGUUGAAAUGGAUUGCAGUGAGGUACAAGGUCACCACGCUGGACUCCCAGGAGCCUCUCUCUGGAGAGCCAGCCUGGCUCAUGGGAGCAGCUCUGCACACCAUUCCAUGCAGCUGCCUAAGCACGAGCCCUCUCCCUUCAUGACUCUCAAUGAUUUGUUUUGUUCUCAGAUUGCAAAACAGGGCAACUGCUUGCUUUCAAAGGCUGCCAUGUUAUGCGCACACCCCCCUGUCUAUAGAGUUUUAAUUACCUUAGAUUUAGGAAUAUGUGACAUUUCAGGAGGAACACUAUAAACAUGAAACAAAAACUGCAAAAGCAACCUACUAUUGCCUCCAGCUUUAGAGGCAGGGCCACAGUGCAAAGCUUCACACUGAAGACCUUGCAGAGACUUAGCUCCUGUCAGAUAAAGUGGUGCACACCUUUGAUUCCCAACACUUGGGAGGCUGAUGCAGGUGGAUCGCUGUGAUUUUUCAGGCCAGCCUGAUCUACAGAGUGAGUUCCAGGAUAACCAGUGCUACAUUGUGAGACCCUGGCUCAAAAAAAAAAAAAAAAUCAACAAAACAAACAACAACAAAGAGAGUUAGCUCCUUCCAAAGGAAGAAAUGCUGUUUCUUGCCACUUCUCAAGAUGGAGGCCUGGUGUUGUUGUACAUAUGGAAAGGGGUGGAGUAGUAGAGGUAUUUAAGACUGAUUGGUCUAUAAUGAAGAGUUUGCAGAACACAAAAUAUUUUGUUAGCUGUUAUUAGCGAGUUCCAGGGCAAACUAUGGCCAACAAACUCCAAGUACUGACAAUAAACUACAUUGUUGAACAAACAUGCAAAGAAAAAAAAACCUUCAGAAAGUAUAUACGAAUUGGAAUGCUUAUGAAUGUCGUCACUCCUGUGGGUUAGACUGGGAGAGCUAUAAAGUAAGGAAUUUGGAGUGAUGGUCAUGUUGGACCUGAUCUUUGUGUAUUUACUUAAUGAGAAAAUCACCAUGCAUUAAGUAUAUCCUUUAUAUGUAAAAAACAGUCACAUAAAAAUAAAGAAUAAGUAAAUGAAUGAGGUACCAAUAAUUGUUGAAAUAAAAGCCACAGCUGUGACUGGGAAUGUAGCUUAGUUUGUAGGGUGCCUGCCUAUUCCUGAGGCCCUUGGCUACUUGGCCAGCACUGUAUAAAUUUCCCAGAAGGCUCAUGGUGCAUGUGCAGUUUUGAUGUCAGGACAAUUCGGGACAUUGCCUCUUGGCCAUCCACAUUAAUACUUCAGGGUAGCCAGAAUACUGAUCAUCAGGGGGCACGGGGGGAGGGAAUCUAAAAUGUUCAGCAAUUAAUUAUUUUGAGGAAAACAACGAUGCUUUUAAAGGAUCAAGGAACCCUAUUACUAAUAUUGGAAAAAAUGAAGACCAACCAUUGAGCCUAUUUAGCUGGCUGAGAGGCAUGGUAUUCAAGUCUGAGGGUGGCUGAUAAUUACUCACACUAAGCAUUUGGCCCAGGUUUUCAAAGGCAGAUAAAGCCAUGAAACCUCUGGCUUGGGUGACCUGCCUACAUCUAUCUGUCCCUCGCAUGCUGACUCUCAUUUACUCUGUAGUUAUGCCCUAUGUAUUUCCCAUUACCGUGCUUCUCCUUCCCUCCCUCCCUCCCUCCCUCUUCCCCUCCCUCCCUCUUUCCCUCCCUCCCCCUCUCCUUUCAAUGCCUGAGAUAAAAAUAGCACCUCCCCUUUUAGUAGCAACAAGCUCACUAAGCAACACUUCUCUGAUGCCCAGAGUUUAUCUUGGUAGCACUCCUAAAGGCAUACGUUACUCCUUAUCCCCAGUUUUGAGUCACGUCACUUGAGCUUUGGAAGAAUAGAGGAAUUUUCCCUGAAGUCGCUGCUAGAAAAUAACAAUGCUAGAGUCUCAAGUCACUCACUAGUCUAGUCCCUAAGCCGGUGACAAGGUCUCCAUGGAAACUUCCACACUGCUCCUGGUGCAAAGUGGGUAAAAGGGCCAUCCAUGGUAUCCCCAGUAAAAGGUGUGUGUGUUUGAAGAUAUUGUUUGUUUAUGAAAUAUGCAGGGUCCUUUGGGGUGAAUCCUUUAACUUCUCUGGAAGCACAGGCUUGUCUGACGACUGGGGCACUAACUUCCCUUGUUCUGUGGUUCAUCCUGGCCCUAACCUUCCUGGGAAGGGAAUACAUUUUCUAUUAGUGUCUCAGUGUCAGGCAUUUUUGUUUGUUUUGUUUUGUUUUGUUUUGUUUUGCUUUUGUGAAGAUGUCCUUUCACAUGGAUAGGUGUGUAUACGUGUGUGUCUGUGCUCAUGUGUUUGUGUGACUGCUGCCUGCAGACACUCACCUUCUAACUGCUGGCUAGGUAGGUGUCCCUCACAUUGACCUGCUCUUGCUAUGGACUUCAUUCUCAGGAAUGCCUAUUCUCUUUGUCCACACACACAUGCUAAUACACUGUCCAUCUUGCCUCUCCUAAUAGCCCGUUGAGUCUUGAACUUGGAGCCAGCAAAGUACUGCCUUUGUAAAGCACAAAAGAACACCAGUUUGGUGGGUUUUUUUUUUUCCCCUAAUCACACAAGGCCUGAAUAAAAAGCUUUUCUGCUAUUCAGAGGCCACUCGCAUUGUGCAGCUGCCCCUGGACUGCUGAGACCAUCUCAAGGCUGACAAUGGAGUACCUGACUGAGCUUCUGCUCACAGGACUUAUUCAGGAGCCCCCAGGCCUGGGACUGGUGCCAGCGUGCUCUGGGGGUGGGGGUUGGGGGGGGGGAGAUUGAGGCCCUUUUCUUGGUCAGACCCUGAUAAGCAUAUUGGAGUUUGUUGGAGCUGUUGUUUGUUGUUUGCCUGCCAGUGAGGGUUCCACAAUCUUAUUGCACGGCUGUCUUCUCAGCAGGCUGGCUGUCAGGGUAGGUUUUGUUCCUGGUUGGGUCCCACCUCUGUGAAAUGUACAGUGAGACUUGGGUCAUAGUCCACUCGCAGUGAGCCAUACAUCACCGUGUGGACUCAAUUCCCAUGACUCUGGCUCCUCGGGACAAUGUCUCUUUCUUCACCAUGCUGAUGGGUGAAGUAGAGAAGCAAGUCCCCCCGCUGAACCUACUAUGCGGCCAGCAGCCUUACUGCUGUGUCUCACACUGCUACACUGCGCUGGGGCUGGUUUCCCAGAAGAUUCCGAGCCAAUCAGUAUUUCGCAUGGCAACUAUACAAAACAGUAUCCGGUGUUUGUGGGCCACAAGCCAGGACGGAACACCACGCAGAGGCACAGGCUGGACAUCCAGAUGAUCAUGAUCAUGAACAGAACCCUCUACGUUGCUGCUCGAGACCAUAUUUAUACUGUUGAUAUAGACACAUCCCACACAGAAGAAAUUUACUGUAGCAAAAAACUGACAUGGAAAUCUAGACAGGCUGACGUAGACACAUGCAGGAUGAAGGGGAAACAUAAGGAUGAAUGUCACAACUUCAUUAAAGUUCUUCUCAAGAAGAAUGAUGAUACGCUGUUUGUCUGUGGAACCAAUGCCUUCAACCCUUCCUGCAGAAACUACAGGGUCGAUACCUUGGAAACUUUUGGGGAUGAAUUUAGCGGAAUGGCCAGAUGCCCUUAUGAUGCCAAACAUGCCAACAUCGCUCUGUUUGCAGAUGGAAAACUCUACUCGGCUACAGUGACUGACUUUCUGGCCAUUGAUGCAGUCAUUUACAGGAGCCUCGGAGACAGCCCUACCCUCAGGACUGUCAAGCAUGAUUCAAAGUGGUUGAAAGAGCCGUACUUUGUCCAAGCCGUGGAUUAUGGGGACUAUAUCUACUUCUUCUUCAGAGAAAUUGCAGUAGAAUACAACACUAUGGGGAAGGUUGUUUUCCCUAGGGUGGCUCAGGUCUGUAAGAAUGACAUGGGAGGGUCUCAGAGAGUCCUGGAGAAGCAGUGGACAUCUUUCCUGAAGGCUCGCCUGAACUGCUCGGUGCCUGGAGACUCUCAUUUUUAUUUCAAUAUACUCCAGGCAGUUACAGAUGUGAUUCGCAUUAAUGGCCGUGAUGUUGUCUUGGCAACCUUUUCCACACCUUAUAACAGCAUCCCAGGUUCUGCAGUCUGUGCCUAUGACAUGCUUGACAUUGCUAAUGUUUUCACUGGGAGGUUCAAGGAACAGAAAUCACCUGACUCUACCUGGACACCCGUUCCAGACGAACGAGUCCCUAAGCCCAGGCCAGGCUGUUGUGCUGGAUCAUCCUCUUUAGAAAAAUAUGCAACCUCCAAUGAGUUUCCCGAUGAUACCCUGAACUUCAUUAAGACGCAUCCACUCAUGGACGAGGCAGUGCCUUCCAUCAUCAACAGACCUUGGUUCCUGAGAACAAUGGUCAGAUACCGCCUGACCAAAAUUGCAGUAGACAACGCUGCCGGGCCAUAUCAGAAUCACACUGUGGUUUUCCUGGGAUCAGAAAAGGGAAUCAUCCUGAAGUUCUUGGCCAGGAUAGGAAGCAGUGGUUUCCUAAAUGGCAGCCUUUUCCUGGAGGAGAUGAAUGUUUACAACCCAGAAAAGUGCAGCUAUGAUGGUGUAGAAGACAAAAGGAUCAUGGGCAUGCAGCUCGACAGAGCGAGUGGCUCACUCUAUGUUGCAUUCUCUACUUGUGUGAUCAAGGUGCCUCUUGGCCGCUGUGAGCGACAUGGGAAGUGUAAAAAAACCUGCAUCGCCUCCAGAGACCCGUAUUGUGGGUGGGUAAGGGAAAGUGGUUCCUGUGCCCAUCUGUCACCCCUUAGCAGACUGACAUUUGAGCAGGACAUUGAGCGUGGCAAUACGGACGGCCUAGGAGACUGUCACAAUUCCUUCGUGGCACUGAAUGACAUUUCAACUCCUCUACCAGAUUAUGAAAUGUCUUUCAACAGAGUGUAUGGGCACGCCAGUUCCCUCUAUCCCAGCACCACUACGUCAGAUUCGGCAUCCCGAGACGGGUAUGAGUCUAGGGGAGGCAUGCUGGACUGGAACGACCUGCUCGAGGCACCUGGCAGCACAGACCCUUUGGGGGCAGUGUCCUCUCAUAACCACCAGGACAAGAAGGGAGUGAUUCGGGAAAGUUACCUCAAAAGCAACGACCAGCUUGUUCCUGUCACCCUCCUGGCCAUUGCAGUCAUUCUGGCUUUUGUCAUGGGGGCCGUCUUCUCGGGCAUCAUCGUGUAUUGUGUGUGCGAUCACCGGCGCAAAGACGUGGCAGUAGUGCAGCGCAAGGAGAAAGAGCUCACUCACUCGCGUCGGGGAUCUAUGAGCAGUGUCACCAAGCUCAGUGGCCUCUUUGGGGACACCCAGUCCAAGGACCCAAAGCCUGAGGCCAUCCUCACACCACUCAUGCACAACGGCAAGCUGGCCACGCCUAGCAACACCGCCAAGAUGCUCAUCAAGGCUGACCAGCAUCACCUAGACCUCACCGCCCUGCCCACCCCAGAGUCCACCCCGACACUGCAGCAGAAACGGAAACCCAACCGCGGCAGUCGCGAGUGGGAGAGGAACCAGAACAUCAUCAAUGCCUGCACCAAGGACAUGCCUCCCAUGGGUUCCCCUGUGAUUCCCACGGACCUGCCCCUCCGGGCCUCCCCAAGCCACAUCCCCAGCGUGGUGGUCCUGCCCAUCACGCAGCAGGGCUACCAGCACGAGUACGUAGAUCAGCCCAAAAUGAGCGAGGUGGUGGCUCAGAUGGCACUGGAGGACCAGGCUGCCACCCUGGAGUAUAAGACCAUCAAAGAGCACCUGAGUAGCAAGAGUCCCAACCAUGGGGUGAACCUUGUGGAGAACCUGGACAGCCUGCCCCCUAAAGUUCCACAGCGCGAGGCCUCCCUAGGUCCCCCGGGAACCUCACUGUCACAGACCGGCCUGAGCAAGAGGCUGGAGAUGCAACACUCCUCCUCCUAUGGGCUCGAAUAUAAGAGGAGCUACCCCACGAACUCGCUCACAAGAAGCCACCAGACCACCACUCUCAAAAGAAACAAUACUAACUCCUCCAAUUCCUCCCACCUCUCCAGGAACCAGAGCUUUGGCCGGGGAGACAACCCACCCCCCGCCCCGCAGCGGGUGGACUCUAUCCAGGUGCACAGCUCCCAGCCCUCUGGCCAGGCCGUGACUGUUUCGAGGCAGCCCAGCCUCAAUGCCUACAACUCACUGACGAGGUCGGGGCUGAAGCGCACCCCCUCGCUAAAGCCAGAUGUACCCCCCAAACCUUCCUUUGCUCCCCUUUCCACAUCCAUGAAGCCCAAUGAUGCAUGUACAUAAUCCCAGGGGUUGGGGGGCCAGGAGUUGAAGCAUCCGAUGAGGCGAGGCACCCACCCAGCUGAGCAAGGUCUCCAUUGCCUCGAGUAUCCACCCGACCAAGAUGGCCCUGGAGGAGCUGAGGACGCUGGGUCCUCCUCCCUGGGACAUAGGGAUACUCUUCAAAAUUGGGCCGUGUGGUCUGGUGAAGGUUUAGCAAUCCACCUCUGCGUUCUCUUCCUUCACAUCCACGUCAUACAGCAGGUCGGACUCACGAAAGACUUCAGUAUCAUCACAAACAUGAGCCAAAAGCACAUCUCCACCCCAUCCUCACAUGAACACAGGCCACAGUCACAUUCGUGCACUACAUACACAUACACACACACACACACACACACACACACCAUACCACACCACACCACACCACACCACACCACACCACACCACAUCACACCACACCACACACGCAAUGGUAAACGACAACCACAUUUUGUCCCUGACUAUACAGGACGUUACCAAACUUGGCUAAGCAUCAGAAACUUUAAAACACACACACACACACAACCAUUUUUUUUUUAAAAAAAAUCAUGAAAAUUAAAAAAAAAUAAUAAAGGAUUCAUUGAUAAUUCUAACUCAGACUUUAACAAUGGCAGAAGUUUACUAUGCGCAGAUACUGUGAAAUGCCCACCAGUGUUACAGCUUUGUUAUAGCAGGUAAAUGCCAUGUUGGGCAACGAUGUCAUAGAUUUCUGCUCCUCUUCGCUUUUAAUGAAUAACGUGACCGUUAACGCAAGUAACUCUUAUUUAUUGUCCACCCCUUUUCUUUUUCCUCAAGGAAAAGACUCUUCCAAAUGCCACCACAUGAACAGCUCUGCGGAAGCCCGUGGAAAGUUAAACUAUUUAACGUGAAAUCCAUUAACUGGAAUAAUUGAGUUUCUUUAUUUUUACAAUAAAUUCACUGAGUAAAUAAUUUGGAGCUGGAAUUCUGAGCUUUGUGUUUGGACUAUCGGAUCAGUAGCUAAAGGACAGUGCUAGGAAGGAAUAUUUAUUUAAAUCUAGUUAAUUUGUCAGUUGGGUUUCUCGCCAAGAGGAAAAAAAAAUGUUUAAAAAUCCUUCCAGAGUCUAACUUCCAGCCAGGACAGAAAUGUUUAGAAUGGUGCCUAAGCCCCAUUGCCGUAAACAUGGCUUUGUCUGAGGACCCCACCAUCAGGAAGGCAUUAGCUUGUGAAACCUGCCCCUACCCCCUACCCCCGAUCCCCGACCCCCACCAUCUCAUUUCACCUUGCAUGUGAGACAGCAAAACAAAGAUCCACAAACUGUGUGAACUAAUUAAUAUGCUGGCUGCUACCUUGCAUAAAUUAAUGAUUUGAUCACACGGGUGUUUCAUGAGGUUACAUCUGUGAAUAGCCUGUUUUCCACAUGUAAAUUUGUGCCUUACACUCUGAGUUGUAUACACUUGUAAACUGUCGUUAUGAUCAACUUUCUUUUCCUACUUGAAAUAAAGGCAGAUAUUUAUUUAAACCCUGCCCUCCAUUCAGCCCUCUGGAAGACUGGAGACAAGCAAAUGGAACAGACACGGUAGCGAUGGUUGUAAUGCUGAAGGCUGGGUGAUACCCUUCAGUUCUCCCUGCCUUCCCUUGUGCCAACGCCAGCCACCCUUUGGCCAUGCUGCAGAGCAUGGACCUCCAGUGUUGUGGGUGGAAAAAACCCCUUUCCCUUAUAUUCCCAGAUCAUUUCAAUUUGGUGACAUCUUCCUGAGCCAGCCGAGAAAGGACUGUGUUCACUGACUGGAGAAUCUUGCUGCGGUGGUUAGGGAGGCAACUGGGAGGCGUCUCCGAGCUGUGCCUUCAGCACACCCAGGCGAUACACAGAGAAUCAACCAGAAAAUAGACCAGGCAGGCUGGUCCCUGCUGUGAUUAAUGGGUACCCCAAAGUACAAACUAACGACAAUGGAUGCUGAAAAAUCCAUUUCUGGGGCAAAAGUAUUUUUUUGUUUAUUUGUUUCUGUUUUUUUUUUUUUAAUUCUUUUAUCUGUUUGUUGUUUGUAGAGGGUUGGGAGGGGUAGUGUGUGGUUUUGUUUUUUGCUUUUUUUGUUUUUCCCCUCCCUUGGUUUUCAUUUGCUAAAGCACACAGAAGGCACCUUUGUUUACUCUAUCAUGAACAAAAGAAUUGUCUGCACACUGUAAUCCGUGAGCACUGUUUCCAUAUAAACAGUUUAUUUGGUGGUCUCUUGGUCUCUUUUCUUUUUCCAGUUUGAUCUAGGUUUUGUUUUGUCUUUAAAAUAAAACAACAAUAAUAAUAAUAAUAAAACUUUCAGAAAAAAAAAGAUUGGCAAGAACAAAUUCGAAUUGGUUAUUUAAAAUUUCUAUGUUGCACCCGCCGUCCGAGCAGUCCUGCAGAGCCCACGGUGUACAGCCGAGAACAGGUGUAUAGCCCUUUGUUCCAAGACUUGCCUCGGACCAGCUAGACUGUUGUUUGAGAUACAUAAGAUAUCACUGGUUUUGUUUUGCUCUUUAGAGGAGUCAUUGUUCAUGGUCUGUAACCAUUGCACCCUGAAGCCAGAAAGGCUUUUCUAGAAACAGAUGGUGUCUUCUCUAUUUCCUUUUCUUCACAAAUACAAAAAUGAAAAGGAAGGUGCCUGUCAGCCACCCCAUACCCUCUCCUCCCUUUUGACUCCCAAGAGUAUUACCCCAACCUCAUGCCCAUGUUAAUGGGCAUCAUUGCCUCAGUUGUGUUACGGAGACCCAUGUCAAAACCCACAUUCCUACACCCCACACCCCGCUCCUUUCGGUGUCCCACAUGUAUUGAGCUGGUCUUCUGCUUUUCCCUGUCCCUCUCCCUUUCUGCCCUGACCUUGCAUUCGGGGGUAGGGAGGAGAUUGCCCAUGAACCUGAGCGUGCCUUCGCUUUCCACCCUGGCUAGACAGUGUCGAUGCAACAAACGCAGACUUACAUUGGUUGUAAAGUUGUAAAAAUAUUGUGAUGUCACCAAUUUUCCUUCCGUCUCCACACAUCCUAACAUCUGAUUCACAGUUUAAUGUAUGUAGUUUAAAAGAAAAGGAGAGAGAGGAUGAAAAAGAAAGGGGGAAGAGCGGAAAAAUCAAGGGAUAUGGCUCUAUUACUUAAGAGUAAUAAAAUCAGACUGUUCUACGUUA